AUGCUCUGGGGGAUGGCAGCGGCCACCUCCAGCCCUUACCUCCCCAGCAGCAGGAUCCUGUCCGGCGACCGGAGGGGGGCCGGCAUGCAGCCGGGGCCGGGCACCGCGGUGUCGGCGGGGGGGUACCGGGGCGACCCCUCCUCGGUGAAGAUGGUGCAGAGCGACUUCAUGCAGCAGGGGGGGCACAUGCUGAGCCACGCUCCGCAGUGGGUGACGGCUCUGCGCAGCGCCGGCCGGGACGACCUGCACUCCGGGUCCGCGCUCCUGCACCGGUCCGCGCAUCUGGGGGCGCACCAGGGCAGCUGGGGGGCCGCGGAGGGGCCGCACAUCACGGAGGGGCCGCAGCAGACCCAGCAGAGCCAGCAGACCCAGCAGGGGCUCAUCUACGCCCAGCCCGGGGGGUUCACCGUCAACGGCAUGCUGAGCGCGCACGGCGCGCAGAGCCUGACGCACGCCGGGCUGGUGCGCUCCGGGGCCGGGGAGUCCCCGGACCUGGACCCCCUUCACCACCACCACAGCCACCACCACAGCCACCACCACCACAGUCACCACGGCCACCAGCAGCACCCCGGGGUGGCCCACGACUCCCACUCGGACGAGGACACCCCCACCUCGGACGACCUGGAACACUUCGCCAAACAGUUCAAGCAGCGGCGCAUCAAGCUGGGCUUCACGCAGGCGGACGUGGGCCUGGCCCUGGGAACCCUGUACGGGAACGUUUUCUCCCAGACCACCAUCUGCAGGUUCGAGGCGCUGCAGCUCAGCUUUAAAAACAUGUGCAAGCUCAAGCCCCUGCUGAACAAGUGGCUGGAGGAGGCGGAUUCCACCACGGGAAGCCCCACCGGCAUCGACAAGAUCGCAACGCAGGGAAGGAAGAGGAAAAAGCGCACGUCCAUCGAGGUGAGCGUGAAGGGCGCGCUGGAGAGCCACUUCCUCAAGUGCCCCAAGCCCUCGGCGCAGGAGAUCACGUCGCUGGCCGACACGCUGCAGCUGGAGAAGGAGGUGGUGCGGGUCUGGUUCUGCAACCGCCGGCAGAAGGAGAAGCGCAUGACGCCGCCGGGACUCCCUCGCACCCCCGAGGACGCGUAUUCCCAGGUGGGAAUGGGGCCCGACACGCCGUCGCCCUCCCUAGAGUGCAAGAGGAUGUACAGCGACACGUGAAAACAUACAAAAACACAGACAACAAGUGUUUGAUUUAUUUUAUUUUUUAGAGAAAUCUUCCUCUGAAUGAGCAGAAUAUCGGAUGAUUUCGUUUUUCCUUCAAUCUUCAUUUGAUAAUAGGGAGAAUAUCAAUUUUUUUUUGCAUUCCUGGGCAUUUCUCUGCACUAUAUGGCCUCUGGAAAGACAAAAAACAUAUUUGACCUGGACUGGAAUUCUGCACAAAAAAGGGAGGUUUAUACAAAAACACAGACAACAUCAAGUGUUUAAUUUAUUUUAUUUUUUAGAGAAAUCUUCCUCUGAAUGAGCAGAAUAUCGGAUGAUUUUGUUUUCCUGCAAUCUUCAUUUGAACAUCUAUCUUUUCUUUGCAUUCCUGGGCAUUUCUCUGCACUAUAUGGCCACUGGAAAGACAAAAUAACGACAAACAUAUUUGACCUGGACUGGAAUCUGCACAAAAAAGGGAGGUUUAUACAAAAACACAA